GUUCAUUACGACCGCCAACCCCCCGCCCUCCCCCGAAUUCUUGAUUCUCUUGACAUUUUUUCCCCCAAAUUAAAAGGGGUCUCCCUUCAAAUUUCUUCAUUUAUUACUAAUUAUUAUCUUCCUGUUCAAGCUCCAGCUGGAAAAUUCCUAUACUCGGAAUCGAAUCUGAAAAUUUCAGCAUUAGGAGGGAUCAGAGCUGAAUUCAUAUACAAAGCUAGGGUUUUGGUUUGAAGAAUAGAAGAGAAUGCCGUCGCCGUUCAAAUCAAGAGGGGAUGAAGAGAAGAAUCAGCAGCAGCGGCGGAGAGAUCCGUACGAGGCUUUGGGCGUAGCUCGAAACUCUACAGAUCAGGAGAUCAAGAGCGCUUAUCGAAGGAUGGCUCUCAAGUAUCAUCCUGACAAAAAUUCAAAUGAUCCUGUAGCAGCUGACAUGUUUAAAGAGGUCACUUUUUCAUACAAUAUUUUGUCAGAUCCAAACAAAAGACGUCAGUAUGACACAUCAGGUUUUGAGGCUAUUGAAUCAGAAAGCCAGGAACUGGAGCUAGAUCUUUCAAGUCUAGGGACCGUCAAUACUAUGUUUGCUGCUCUCUUUAGUAAACUUGGUGUACCAAUUAAGACAACUGUAUCUGCAACUGUCUUAGAGGAAGCACUAAAUGGUUCUGUAACUGUGAGACCAUUACAGUUAGGACAGCCUCUAUAUAAAAAGGUAGAGAAGCAAUGUGCUCACUUUUAUUCUGUAGAAAUAACAGAACAAGAAGCGCAGAUGGGAUUUGUUUGUCGAGUGCAUUCACCUGACAAGAGUAAAUUUAAGUUGUUGUACUUUGAGGUGGAAGAGAGCGGGGGACUCAGUCUUGCAUUACAGGAAGAUAGCACAAAAACAGGGAAGGUCACAUCUGCAGGAAUGUUCUUCCUAUGCUUUCCUGUAUAUCGAUUUGAUGAGACAAAUCCAGUGGGAGUUAAUAAGGAUCCGGAUGCAGCCUUUUUCAAAAAAUUGGAAGGGUUUCAGCCAUGUGAGAUAAAUGAGCUGAAAGCGGGCACCCAUGUAUUUGCUGUAUAUGGCGACAACUUCUUCAAAAGUGCAAAUUAUACCAUAGAGGUUAUGUGUGCCGAACCUUUUUCAGAAGAAAAGGAAAAACUAAGAGAUGUGGAGGCAAAACUACUAUCCAAAAGGGUGGAACUUUCAAAGUUUGAGACAGAGUACAGAGAGGUGCUGGCGCAAUUCACAGAAAUGACUAGUAGAUAUGCCCAGGAGAUGCAAACUAUAGAUGAGCUGCUCAAAGAAAGAAAUGCAAUUCAUGCCUCCUACACUUCUGUCCCACGUCUAAAACGGAAUUCAAGUAGCGGAAGGAUAAGAACAUCCUUCAGGGCAUCUCGGCCUAACGAAGAGGGUCAAACAAAGGAAAAGAAGAGAGAUCGUACCAAGAAGAAGAAAUGGUUCAAUAUUCACCUGAAGGUGGAUAAGAGGAAGGCAUGCUGAGUCUGUUUUUCAUGGACAUUGGGAUGUCCACACCAUUCUUGCAUACAAACGGAAUCAUGUGUACCCAGACCUCCAAUGUUUGUCCUCUGUUGGUUUUUCACGUUGAUUUUUUGUUGCGAAGGCUGCACUAGAUCGGACAGAUCGAUAAUGGUUUUGGCUGUAAUUGUACAUGUUAAGUCUCCGGAAUGUAUAGAAUAUACCGUCACCAGUUCACAUGUCAAAUUUCUUUUAUUUCUCAUUCAUGGAAGAGGGGAGCAACCUGUGCAAAAUCCUUAGAUUUAGAUGUGAUGUCAACAUCUGCCAAGCGAUGCAUUGAAGCAAACAAGUAGGCAAAUGUUUGGUGGAGUCACAUGGGUCUCGUAGCUUCCAGCUGAUACAGUUGUGUAUGUCGUAUUUGAUUACAGAAGAGUCCAGCUUCGUCCUCGUCUCUAGAUAUUUAUCGCUUUAGCUUACGAAUCCUGAUGAUGAUGUUGAUGGCAUACGCAAUGUAUCUUUCUGUUGUAUGAUUAGCUUUUGCUGUUCCUUUGGUCGGUAAGGGCAAUGAUAUUUCUUUCUCAUCCAAACCGCUUUCAGUUUCA